AUGGAAAGAAGACGGGCUACGGUGACUUGUUUGAAAUGUCGUUCAAAGAAGAUCAAGUGCGAUGUCAGUGUCUCACAUCCUUGCUCCUCAUGCAGAAAGCAUGGCUUUGAGUGCAUCAAGUUUGAAAAAGACAGACGGAAGGAGAGACACGAUAGUAAAUAUAUUGAGUCGCUCGAGGAGGAGGUCAAGCUGCAGAAAGACGUCCUAGCGCAACUUCAAAGGCACAGUACGGAAAUUACACGGCUCAUUUCUGAGAGGACAACAACUCCGAGCACUGUUUCAAAGCCGACAGAAGACAAAGAAGACAGAAAUGCGUUGUAUCCAUGGACAGAGUCGUUUCCGCAGUACAAAAAUCAGUCACUCGCCGUUUACGGACCCACAAGUAUUUUCGAUAGCGUCUCGAUCCCAAACUCAGAGAUGGACGAAGUCGAUCAGCUGAAGCACCUCAACUCCAACUCUGAGAUUUUGGAGUGCAUCAAACUGUUUUUCAGAUGGCUUUAUCCCGAUAUGCAUUAUUUUCUUUAUCGGGAGGCCUUUCUUUUGGACUUUUUUCAUCCAAAAAUUGACUUUUCAUAUUGUUCGAAAGAGCUGGUCUUUUCGAUAUGCUCUAUCGGCUCGCUGCUCUCUGAAAAUGAGCAAAUAAGGCAGAAAUCAAAAACUUUUUACGAAAGGGCACGCCAGAGUCUACUCAAUAAAAUUGAUCACCCUACAAUUACUUCUCUGCAAAGCUUUCUAAUUUUGGGUUUGUACGAUAUCUAUAAUGGACGCAACAACGGAGGUUGGAUGCUCACAGGUAUUGGGUUACGUAUGGGUUUCAAUCUGGGUUUCCAGCUUAGUCCAAAAAGUUAUCAUCCAGAAGCCAAUGAAGAAGUCAACGAAACAAAUAUUGGGAUCCGCAGUCGUGUUCUCUGGGGCUCGUAUGUGGUGGACCAUUUCAUCAGUCUUAUUUUGGGUCGUCCUAGUGUUCUUAAAAUGAGCCAGGCAACAAUGGAAGAGUCCAACACCAUGCCUGACCUGUACUGGAUCAAGGAAUUUACUUAUACCGAUCCACAGAAGGUCGGUGACACACCAAAACGGAUUGACAUAGCCAAUCCUCUGAAAGCAACAAUUGAUCUCAUAAACAUCACAGAAGGCAUGUUGCAUGAUAUCUUUACUGGCACUGGUUUAAAAGAACAGUCGUUUCUACUGUCGGAGAAACUAGCACUUCUUCAAAAAUAUAACCGGCAGCUAGUCCACUGGAAAGAGCGUCUGCCAUCUGAAAUCAGUUGGCAUACUGAGGGCUUGCUUGAAGAGGGCACAGAUCCAACAAAAAUGGGACUCAAAUAUUACUAUUAUAUUGUCGUUCUCUGUCUCAAUAGACCCUUUAUCAGCCAUCGAGAAAAAUGUCCACAAUCAGUUUCCAUCUGCGAAUCCACCAUCGAUGAUCUCUAUAUGGCCGUCAUGACAUUUACAGGGCUGCAUGGAUAUAAUCGGUGCUCAAUCCUGAUUAUCUAUUCCUCUAUUUUAUCCGUCUCUGUUAUUCUGCUAUCAUCUGGCAAAAACGUUGCCAAAUAUUUAGAAGAGAACCCUGGGGCCGGAUCACAAUUUUUUGACUUCAUGGACGUUCUUCGCAAAGCCGGCAAGACUUGGAAGUUGGCAGAGAAAUCUUACACCAUGAUACGCUCGAGAUUGCUCAAUGAUUAUAGCUACGACUAUGAUCUCGGCUAUGCGGCGCAUAUCCAGGCUUCGCUUCCCCAACCAACGCCCAUGAGCCAAACUCCCCGUGACCCAAACCCGCUCGAUAGUACUUUUGGUGGUCCACCACUAUAUAUGACCUCCGAAGAUAUUGAUAUUUGGGGUUCACUGUUUCCCGACUACGAUCUCGAGGAACCAUUAGACCCGCUUAUCAAAAAAUAA